AUGAACUUCGGCGCGCAAGUUGCCACUGCCACUGAGAACAAUGUUCGUGUUGUCACGCACGAGAUAGCCCAUGCUCUUGGGUUCAGCGUUACAAUGCUGCAAAGUCAUUCGUCUGUAGUACAGAUACCCGGCCUCCGUGGUAAAAGUAACGUGCUCGUAGUGGCGUCUCCCAGGACACUGGAGAAGACCCGUGCACACUUCAACUGCGGCACUGCCCCUGGCAUGGAAUUGGAGGACGAGGGUGGAGAAGGGACUGCAUUAUCACACUGGGAGCGUCGCAACGCUAAGGAUGAGCUUAUGAGUGGCAUCGCGGGAGCCGGAUACUACACAGCACUAACAAUGGGAGCGAUGGAGGACCUCGGUUUUUACAAAGCGGUAUGGGGAAUGGAAGAACCGAUGUCCUGGGGCCGUAUGUCCGGUUGUAAGCUGCUGACUGACAAAUGCGUGGAAAAUGGUGUUACCGCCUAUCCAGAUAUGUUCUGCACCGCCGACAGUGACACACUAAGAUGCACAUCUGACCGCCGGGCAUUGGGUAUCUGUCGCAUCGGGACAUAUACCUCCUCUCUUCCCACUCAGUAUCAGUACUUCGCUAAUCCCACAGUUGGUUCCAGUGCGAGUAACUUGAUGGACUAUUGCCCCUAUAUUGCAGAAUACACCAAUACUGGGUGCACCAAUGGUGAGCUGUUAGCCAUGCCUGGAAGUCGCGUUUCUUCAUCCUCAAGAUGUGUGAAGGGGGACUCCCUUCAUCUUCUCUUUGUUCCUAUUGGCGAUGUGUGUGCUGAAAUUAAGUGUAAGAAGGACAUGGUUCAGCUGAGAUACAUUGGCGACAAUACAUGGUACGACUGCCCUGAAGGCAGAAGCAUAAUACCAGCCUUAACGUUUACGAGUGGGCGGAUUGUGUGCCCCUCACGCGCCGAUGUUUGCAUUGGUUUGGGAGAUAAGCUGCCUGAUUUAAGUAUUUCCAUCUCUGUGCUCCCACCCUACGUGCUCCUCGCCGUUGUAAUUUCUGUGAUUGCACUCUGUUGA